CUUUAUUUUUCUUAUUCGUUUUUCCUCCUUUUCCUUUCGUUUUUCUUUUUUUUUCCUUGCGCGUCUGAAACAAUGAAGACUUUCACGGUCGAAAUCGGUCCUGAACAACCCAACGGCGGUCGUGUUCGUCGAUCCAUUUUGGCUCCCGAACAUUUAAUCCGUAUUCCUCACAAGAACGUUCACACGGUGUAUGAUGUGUUGCAGCAUAGUGCCAAAAAGUAUGGCGACCGUCGAGCCUUUGGCUAUCGCACCAUUGAACAGGUGGUUGAAGAAGAGAAGGAGAUCACAAAAUUUGUGGACGGGGUGGAAACCAAGCAGAAGAAGACCUGGAAAUACUUUCAGCUCUCGCCUUACCGAUAUCUCACCUAUAAAGAAGCAUCGACUCAGGCACACAACAUUGGCGCCGGUUUUGCUUACUUGGGCUUGAAAGAAAAAGCCAAAGUCGAAAUUUUCUCCUCCACCAGCAUGGAAUGGCUUCUCACUGCGCAUGGUCUUUUUACUCAAAAUAUGACCAUUGUAACGGCUUAUGAAACGCUCGGCGAAGAAGGUUUAUUGCAUUCAAUCAAUGAAACCGAAGCGGAAGCCAUUUAUACCACCGCCGAUCUACUUCCUACCUUGGCCGCCAUCGGUGGUCAGUGCCCUAGUCUCCGAAUUAUCGUUUACAAUGGCAAAGCCGACCUGUCCGUGAUUGAAAAAAUCAAGAGUCUGUCGUCCAUCGAUCACGUGUUAAGUUUAGGCCAAUUGUUGAAACUUGGCCAAGCUCAUCCCAAGGAACCUCGUUUACCUGAACCCGAAGAUCUGUGCUGUAUCAUGUAUACCUCAGGCAGUACUGGCAAUCCCAAAGGCGUGAUGCUGUCGCAUAAGAAUAUCGUUGCUGCUAUUGCGGCCUGUAACCAGCUUCUUGGUCACCUUAUUACGGAUCAUGACAGUAUGAUGGCCUAUUUACCGCUAGCUCACGUGUUGGAAUUUGUGGUGGAAAAUCUCUGUGUUUUCUGGGGAGUGACCUUGGGCUAUGCUUCGGUGCGUACAUUAACCGAUGCCUCGGUUCGCAACUGCAAGGGCGAUAUCAAAGAAUUUCGACCAACAUUGAUGACUGGUGUCCCAGCUGUGUGGGAGUCCAUCUAUAAGGGCAUCGUUUCGAAAUUGAGAUCCGCAUCACCCAAAGCUCAGAAAGUGUUUCAGAAAGCAUUUGCUACCAAGGCCUGGCUUCAAGAACGACAUUUGCCUUCGGUGGUCCUCGACAGGGUUGUCUUUAGCAAGAUAAAAGAUCAAGUGGGCGGACGACUGCGAUUCGCUCUGUGUGGUGGAGCUCCCCUUUCGGUGGAAACUCAAAGGUUCCUCUCGGUCGCCCUGUGUCCAAUUCUAAGUGGAUUCGGAAUGACGGAAAGCUGUGGAAUGUGCUCCAUCAUGACUCCCGAACAAUUCGCCUAUGGACCUGUAGGAGCUCCUGUGCCUUGCUGCGAAAUUAAACUCGUGGACGUGGCCGAUACAGAUUACCGAUCGACCAAUACUCCCAAACCACAGGGCGAAGUCUGGGUGCGCGGCCCAGCUAUUACCAAAGGUUACUGGAAACGUGACGACGUCACCAAGGAAACGCUAACGGAAGAUGGUUGGCUCAAGACUGGCGAUAUUGCCGAGUGGAACGAGAAUGGCACAUUGACGAUCAUUGAUCGCAAGAAAAACUUGGUGAAGCUAAGCAACGGUGAAUACAUUGCUUUGGAAAAGCUUGAAUCGGUUUACAAGAGCUGUUUCUAUGUCACGAACAUUUGCUUGUACGCAGAUCCCCUGUUUGAUCGUGCAGUGGCCUUGGUCGUCCCCGCAGAAAAUAAUUUACGGCAACUGGCAGCGAAUCAUCAAGUGGAGGAAAAUGAUUGGGAACGAUUGUGCAACCAUCCGGCCGUAAAGAAAGUCUUAUUACAAGAGCUCACGACUCAGGGAAAAGAAGCGGGCCUCAAAUCGGCUGAAUUGUUGUUUGCCAUUCAUUUGUGUCACGAAGAAUGGACAACGGAGUCUGGCUUAUUGACCGCCGCGCAAAAAAUUAAGCGUCAAGACAUCAACAAAAAAUACAAAUCCGAAUUGGACGCCAUGAACGCUUCUCAGAAAAAGUAAGACGUAGAGGUCUGACCUCAAUGUUGUACAGACUUGUCUUUUUUGAUUGCCCGGUUCCCGGGUUCCCCUCGCCACCUUUUUUUCUUUUUUUCAUAUCAAGCAUUUCACACCACCGCGAUUCACCAGAUACAUUUAGAACUCCGUUAGUAUUCAAAGUAAGCUUAGAGGCGGACCCAUGUGUGAUUUUCGAAUAUUUGAGUAAAUCACCCAAGAUUUUGCGAAACCGUCCGUGUAGUCUACACUAUUAUUUGUUAAAAUAUUUAAGCUGGUUAAUAAAACAUAAGUUUAUAUAAAGU